AUGUUCCGUCCCACGAAGCGGCAAAGACUGGAAGCCCCGCCCUCAUGGUUGGAUAACGAGGCUCUCAAUUCUGUAGCGUCACCCUUUGCGGCCCAGCCGACGCUGAAGACUGCUAUUGUAUCCCAAUUCACUAAAGAGCUCUUCCUGGAACGAUUCCAGAAAGAGAUUCGUGACCGUUUCUGCUUUUCACUGUCGUCCCAGCUGUUGGUUGACCCUGGGUCGAACCGCCCAUUAUAUGAUAUCGAGCUGUGGCGUGGUAUCCUGAAGGGGCGGAUUGCGUUUGGGGAUAACGCCGUGACGCGGAUCUUGGAGGCAGCUUCGUACCAAGAGACUCAGGCUCCCCAACUCAUAGUCAUGGCGACAGAUUUACAACCACCAACGCAGCUUGCGCAUAUUCCAAUCCUAUGUCGUCAGCUUGCCACCUGUCGACAUGUGCACAUUCCUCUCAUGCUUCUUCCGGGACCGUCUUCGCUGGAACUAGGGAAGCUUUUGGGAACACGUAGGGUUUCUGUCUUGGCAUUUAUGCCGCGCUACAAAGGAAAUGAUUCCAUGGACUUGGAGGAGCGACGGGAUCAUGCGGAUGCCUACGUCCACGACGCAGUUGACUCGUUCGUAGCGUUUAUUAGCUCAAAGAAAGCGCCAUAA